GGAAACGGAGACAUCACCAUUGGCAGCUUCUUCAUCUUCUUCCUAUAUAAGCCACUCCAACUCCUUCAUUUCUUCACCAUUCUUCAUAAUUUCUUCUUCUAUUCUGUUGCUCUGAGUGAGGAGAACGCAGUGGUGCUGUCAAUUUGGUGAGAGGUCCUAUGGUUGGGAGUUAUUCGUCGCCGGAAGUUUCACGGAAAAUUCUCAAAACCUUCAUUUUAGCUCGAGGUAAACAAAAAGAAUGAAGUGAUUAAUUCCUGGAGGCAGAUGGGGCGAGAUGUUUUCUUUCACUUUUUCUAAUUUUUCCCCAAUUCUUUGUGACUUGUCAAAUGUUUUCUUUCCCAUUCUUUGCGUUCUUCCCAAUUCGUUUCGGUUCAUUCGGAUUCUUUCAAUUAUUUCCAAUUUUUCAGUCUGUUUAGCCUCAAAAGAGGACUUCAUUUUUUCUUCCUGGAAACAUUGUAGAGUUGAAGUUGCAGACAGCCAUUUCUCUUUUUCCUCCUCCUUCAUCUUCUGCUCUCCACCCUGAUCAAAGAUUACAGGGGAAUGUUGAGGCAUAAACUGUGGACUUGAGAUAUGGGGUGUGUUUUGGGCCGGGAAAUCUCGUCUGGCAUAGUAUCUGGAGCAAAGGGAGAUAGGAGAGUUGAGAACUAUGACAAGAGUAAGAAUACAAGUUUUGAGUCUACUGAGACUGACGAGGUUUCAGGGGUCAAGAAGGUGGAUGAAGUAAAUGAUUCUGCUGAAGUUAAAGAUGUUGAUGAUUUGACUAGGAAGGAUGAAAAGAUAGAUGUUGAUGGAAGAUCAAAGGCUGAUAAGAGGAGGUCUAAGCCUAACCCAAGGUUGAGUAAUCCACCUAAGCACAAACAUGGUGAACAAGUUGCUGCUGGAUGGCCAUCGUGGCUUUCAGCUCAUGUUGGGGAAGCAAUUGAGGGUUGGCUUCCUCGACGCGCUGACACUUUUGAGAAAAUUGAUAAGAUUGGGCAAGGAACUUACAGUAAUGUGUAUAAAGCAAGGGACACUAUAACUGGAAAAAUUGUUGCUUUAAAGAAAGUCCGCUUUGACAAUUUAGAACCUGAGAGCGUGCGAUUCAUGGCAAGAGAAAUAAUCAUUCUGCGACGUCUUGAUCACCCCAAUGUUAUUAAAUUAGAAGGUUUGGUUACAUCAAGAAUGUCAUGCAGUCUCUACCUUGUAUUUGAGUAUAUGGAGCAUGACUUGGCUGGACUUGCUGCAAGUCCAGAUAUCAAGUUUUCUGAAGCCCAGGUGAAAUGCUAUAUGCACCAGCUAUUGUCAGGACUUGAGCACUGUCACAAUCGUCACGUGCUCCACCGUGACAUUAAAGGGUCAAAUCUUUUGCUGGACAAUUCAGGGAUACUCAGAAUAGCUGAUUUUGGGCUGGCUACUAUAUUUGAUCCUAGCCAUAAGCACCAUAUGACUAGUAGAGUGGUCACACUCUGGUAUAGACCACCUGAGCUUCUUUUGGGCGCAAGUGAUUAUGGAGUGGGUAUUGAUUUAUGGAGUGCAGGGUGUAUUUUAGCAGAACUAUUGGCGGGGAAGCCUAUUAUGCCUGGUCGUACAGAAGUAAUUGCUCAAACUACAUCCAUACUGUUACAUAAUGACAUCAUCUAAUCCUAGAAGGUGCUUGGUUGGGGGG